AUGGGGGACCGGAAUGAGAACGGUCGGGUUGUCAUGAUCGUGCGGGCCAAUUCUCCGCGCCGCACCGACGGCAGUCCGGGCGGUAGUCCUGGCGACCCGUUGGCGUUGAAUCUCGGGGCUAUGGAGGCAGACUGGAGACAGCAGCAGUUCCAGCGUCAACGCAUGCAGCUCCUCAGCAUGGCCAUCUUUCUGUGUUUCCUCGUCCUCUUCUUCGACAACCGCGCGGGGGAUGCGCGUAAUGCUCAUCACAGUCGAGGAGCAACCGACGGUGCGGGACACAACCGCUACUCGCUACCUCAGAACGCCUUUAACGAUACAGACAGAGUCCAGAAAGUGCAUGAGCUGGAAGCGCUGCUACAGACGCAGCCAGACUACAGACAUACGGAGCCUCCACUUAACGUGACUGGUAUCUACUCUGGCACGUGGGAUUCGCUGCUAGCCGAGGAAUACGACGCGAAUAAACCCGUGUAUAAGGACAUUAUCCCGUACCUAAAGGUAGACCGAGAGAUUCAACUACAGCAAUACACGCAACCAGUGGAAAAAGGGCACACGUGGCUGUUCCUUAAGAUGAAGACACCCGCGUCUAAAGAGCUUAUUAAGGAGGUGGCGUACGUCACGGGGCAAUUGGUAAUUUACGAGGAACAGGCGUCACUAGCAGCCACGAUUCUGCCCGUACAGGGCGUUUUCCUUCGGAAAUUAGGCAGAUUGACGCUGUUUGGCAAUAGUCCGGACUCGAGUGUGCAGAUUCUGUAUCGGAAAGACAAAAGCGGCGAGAAUUCGACCGAAGCCAAUUUGGAGCGAUUACCGCGACAACCAAGAGCGGAACUGAUGAAUCUCGGCGUGUUGGAUGGCGUCCCGGCCGUGGACAAUAGAGACGAGUACGCAGCUGUCGAUAUCUCGCCUCCGAGAUACUCGUACGUCUCGCGGUUCCGCAGUAGUGACUCGUUCAGUGACCAGUGUGUGAGUAUUGUGGAGAUGUCGCUGGUUAAUGACACGAGUAAGCCUGCAAGAAAAGGAGGAGAAGAUGAGGAAGACGACGACGCGGCUACAGUACUGCAGAAGUCGAUGCGUCACAUGAAGCUGGAAGGCACGCUCGCUAGUGUGAACUGUGGCCUGUAUUUGAAGCUGGACACGACGUUCCAGGAGGAGAACUUGAACGUUUUCUUCGCCAAGGCCUCGCGUUAUGCCGUCAUCAUGACGUUCAUUGCGAUGACGGAGAUCUACUUCUUGCUACGACAGCUCCAGAUCUCGAGCACACAGGCGACGGCAGCGAAGGUUUCGUUGCUGACUAUUGGACAGCAGGCGAUUGUGGACUCGUACUUGUGUUUGGGCCACUUGACUGUGGGGAUUGUGGCGCAGAAUGUGUUCGCUGCGUUUGCAUCGGUCGCAUUUGUCAAGCUCAUUAUCUUCUCGGUGUUUGAGAUGCGAUAUCUGCUGAUCAUCUGGAAGGCACGGAGACCACAAGGGUUCUCAGAAGGAUGGCUGACGUUGCGACGUGAACUUACGACGCUGUAUUCGCGGUUUUAUCUGUCUCUACUGGCUGGACUCUGCAUCUUUUACAACUUCUCGAACCACUUGCCUGUGUUGGUCUUUAUUUGCUACUCGUUCUGGGUCCCGCAGAUUGUACACAACGUCCACAGGGAGGUGCGGAACCCAUUCGACCUGGGAUAUCUGUACGGCAUCAGUGCGCUGCGCUUGUUCCUGCCUUUGUACUUCUAUGGCUGCCCUGAUAACUUCCUCACAGCAUUCCCGAUGUACGAGAGCAAGAUUAACCCGCAUUUUUGCUACGUGUUGGCGGCGUGGGUGGGACUGCAGGUGGGGUUUCUGGCACUACAGCAGCGAUAUGGCCCGAGGUUCUUCGUGCCUGCGCGGUUCCUGCCCGUGAAGUAUAACUACGAGCGACGCAUCAACCUGCAGCAAUUGGCACUGCUUAAAGACGGCGACAACUCGAUCGACUGUGUGAUCUGCAUGGUGGAGCUGGAGAUCGAAGCGCGCGACUACAUGGUCGCCCCGUGCGACCACAUUUUCCACCGCGAGUGUCUGCAGGGCUGGAUGCAAGUCAAGAUGGAGUGUCCAACAUGUCGACAUGUCCUACCAGAGCCCUAG